ACGUGUUUCCAUGGGAGCGAUCAGGUGCACCGAGGACUGGAGUCGCCGACGCCAAAAGGUGUAGGCUAUAUUUGCGCCUGUAAAUAUAAGCAUCAACAACAUAAUAGGAUUACAGAACGGAGGCUAAGGACCACGAGCAGGAUAUUAUAGACUUUUAGCUAAAACGGGAAUGACGAGUUACUGGGUAACCAAGGAACCGCUGUUGGUAGGGCGCCCAGCGUUAGUCCCAACGAAGUGGAAACGAGAACCACUCUGUUGAAUGACUCGGUCUACCGGAGAGAACCGCGCGUUAACAACGGCAAUCGAAGUCAGCCUAUAAUUGGAAAUUAAGUAGAAAGCAGUAAAGCGGGAAAUACUUAAUAUACCUGCGCCUAAAGACGUCAUGGGUGCGAUCAUGUUCGCGUGGAUGUACAUAUAAUUUGGUCUAAAGACCGUUUGGCGCUCCGAGUCAACACAGGCAGCAGUCACAUUCCUUACCUGUCUGAUGGAGAAGUAUGACAAGCUGGCCAAGAUUGGAGAGGGUUCAUACGGUGUGGUGUUUAAAUGCAGACACAGAGAAUCCGGACAGAUAGUCGCCAUCAAGAAGUUUGUUGAGUCAGAGGAUGACCCAGUCAUCAGGAAGAUAGCACUGAGGGAGAUACGCAUGCUGAAGCAGCUGAAGCAUGUGAACCUGGUUAACCUCCUGGAGGUUUUCAGAAGGAAGAGACGUCUCCACCUGGUCUUUGAGUUCUGUGAGCAGACCGUCCUGAACGAGCUGGACCGACACCCCCGUGGGGUCCCUGAGGUUCAACUGAAGAGGAUAGUGUGGCAGACGCUGCAGGCCGUCAACUUCUGCCACAAACACAACUGUAUUCAUCGGGAUGUGAAGCCAGAGAACAUCCUCCUCACCAAGACAGGAGUCAUCAAACUCUGUGACUUUGGAUUCGCCAGGAUCCUCACGGGGCCAGGUGAUGACUAUACAGACUAUGUGGCUACUCGGUGGUACCGGGCUCCAGAGCUCCUGGUGGGUGAUACUCAGUAUGGAGCCCCGGUGGACCUCUGGGCGCUGGGCUGUGUAUUCGCUGAGCUACUCCAUGGAAACCCUCUCUGGCCUGGACGCUCUGACGUUGACCAGCUCUACCUCAUCAGAAGCACUCUAGGUGACCUGAUCCCUCGUCACCAGCAGGUGUUCAGAUCCAACGCGUUCUUCAGUGGAGUCAGCAUCCCCGAGCCUGACACCACGGAGCCCCUGGAGAAACACUUCCAUGGUGUGUCCUCUCACGCUCUCACUGUCAUGAAGUCAUGCCUGGUGAUGGACCCGUUGUUGCGUCUGUCCUGUGAGGAGCUGUUGGAGCUGCCAUACUUUCUGGAAGAAGGCGGAGCCAGCUGGGGCCGCGAGGGGGAUUGUCCCGGGAGACGCCAUGACAACAAAAUCUCCAGACGACGACAGGUCGGGCAGCAGUACCUUCCUCAGCUCCCCAGCAACAACAUCUCUCCUGCUCCAGAGACCAAGAAACAGAACAAACACAGAUACACAGACCAUCACCUGCCCAACAUCUAGAGAGAGGAGAAUCAGCUGUCCUACAUCUGACAGAGAGAGGAUAAUCACCUGUCCAACAUCUAGAGAGGAGAAUCACCUGUCCCACAAAUGACAGAGAGAGGAGAAUCACCUGUCCAACAUCUGAAAGAGAGAGGAGAAUCACCUGGCCAUCAUCUAGAGAGGAGGAUCACCUGUCCAACAUCUGACAGAGAGACGGAGAAUCACCUGUCCAACAUCUAACAGAGAGAGGAGAAUCACCUGUCCAACAUCUGACAGAGAGAGGAGAAACACCUGUCCAACAUCUGACAGAGAGACGGAGAAACACCUGUCCAACAUCUGACAGAGAGAGGAGA